AUGGUUAAGAGAAGAUAUACAGAUGACGAAUUAUCGCGGUAUUUAGAAAAUUCAGAUGAAGAACCAUUUAGUAGUGGAAGUGACGAAGAAUAUCAGCCCAACGAUGAAGAUGAAGAUAUCGAGGAUACCGAGGUAAUUGCAGAUUUUAUAGCAAGUAGUGCAGGCAGAAGUACUGAGAGUCCGUCACCCACACCAGCAAGUUCAUCGUUAUUCAAACCAUCUGAUGCCGAAUGGAAAAGAGAUGUUUUGCCUUUAGGGAGGGAAACGUUUAUAGGCAAUCACGGUGUACAAAAUAUAGACGCAAUUACUGAAGAUGGGAAAGUUAGUUUGUUUAAAAUUUAUGCUUAUUUUGUACCUGAUGAUUUCAUUGAUGUUAUGAUCAUUCAUACCAAUAAUUACGCGCAGUUGUUAAAGGAAUUACGAACUGCACAAUUUAGUCGAAUGACGAGAUGGAAAGACGUCACUAGAGAGGAAUUGAAAACAUUUUUUGGAGUGAUAAUCUACAUGGGUCUCAAUCCUAAGCCGUCAAUUGAGCACUACUGGAAAUUAGACGUGCUAUAUUAUAAUCCUCUUAUGCACAGAAUAAAUAUGUCGUAUAACAGGUUCAGCUCCAUUCUAAGAUUCUGGCACUUUACAGAAAUCCAAAUAGGUGUCAUUGGAGAGCAAAGAACUCAUAAAAUAGACCCACUCAUACAUAAAAUGGUAAACAAUUUUCGUAGUCUUUAUAUACCUUCCGAUAUUAUUGUCGUUAAUGAGUCAAUGGUCAAAUUUCAUGGAAGGUUGCAAAUAAGAACUUAUAACCCAGCCAAAACAGAUCGCUACGGUAUGAAAAUAUAUAAGGCCUGCACAAUAAAUAGCUACACAUGGUCCUACCAAAUUUAUUCCGGGAUUUCGCAUCAAUUAGAGGGUCUUGAUAAACCUGGUUCAACAGUGGCACAGCUUACAGAGCCGCUUUUAGAUGCAGGUCGUAUUAUCGUCGCUGACAACUAUUAUACCAGUUUGCCAUUGGCUGAGUAUCUAAAAGGUCGCAAUACUGAUUUAUGCGGCACUUUACGUAAAAAUAAAAGAAAUUUGCCAGAAGAAGUAGUAAAAGCGAAGCUAAGAAGGGGAGAAAAAAUAGCUAGACAAAAGGACAACCUCUAUACUGUACUCAAAUGGCAUGAUAAACGCGAUGUCCUUAUGAUCUCAACCUGCCAAGGAGACGGUAUGUCUAACGUCACUACCAAACGCGGCGACGUUAUGAAAUCUGAUGCAAUCAUCGAUUACAAUGAUGCCAAAAAAGGCAUUGACAUUUCAGAUCAACUUGCUUCCUUUCAUUCGCCGUUACGUAAAAGUUUAACGUGGUACAAAAAGAUAGCAAUAGAUUUGCUAUUUCAAGUCGCCAUUAUCAAUGCCAGUUGCAUCUACAACGAGUUGGCAGACGGUCCUAAGUUGACAGUUUUACAAAUCCAAGAACAUCUAGUCCGACAUUUCCUUGGACCUGUAGCAUCAACCACAGAAAGAAAUCAACCUCAAAAAUCUUCCAUCUCCUGUAGCUCUCCAAGAUCUUCAAUAGCUUCUUAA